AUGGCUCCUAAACGUCAUACACCCUCUACAUCCUCUGGUGAACCCAAGAAGAAGAGAAAAAUGAUGACGGUGAACGAAAAAGUGAAGUUAUUGGACAUGCUUAAGGCAGGCAGUAGCUAUGCGUCUGUUGCCCGCAUGUACGGACUGAAUGAGUCAACAGUUCGCUACAUAAAAAAAGACGAAUUAAAAAUCUGUAAAACUGCCUCAAUAACGUUCUCCAAGGACACUAAGCACGUUGUGACUCGUCGUAAUAAGAAGAUUGUGCAAAUGGAGAAUGCAUUAUCAGUGUGGAUAACGGACUGUCGGGAAAAGAAGGUUAGUCUCGAUACUAACAUGAUUCGCACAAAAGCCAAAACCCUUUAUGAUAGCCUCGUUCCUGAAGGGGGAUCAAACGAAGAUGACGAUGAUGGUGAUGACGACGAUGAAGAUGAUCCUGCCCCACGAGAAAAACGUGGUUUUGUUGCCAGCAAGAGCUGGUUCAAGAAAUUCAAGAGGAGGUUUGGCCUUCGCAGCGUUCCGUUGUUUGGGGAGGCCACCUCGGCAGACCAAGAGGCAGCUCAUCGUUACGUCGAGGACGAGUUCUCGAAAUUAAUUAAAGAGGGCGGCUAUAUCCCGAAGCAGGUGUUUAAUAAGGAUGAAACUGGCCUCUUUUGGAAGAGAAUGCCGUCCCGGACGUUCCUUUACAAGGACGAAGUGAAGAAGCCAGGGUUCAAGGCCCACAAAGACAGAGUCACUCUGCUCAUGUGCGGGAAUGCUGCAGGCUUCAUGCUCAAGGCCAGCUUAAUUUACAAGUCACUGAAUCCUCGUGCUUUGAAAAAUAAAAACAAAGCCUAG